CAGGUCACACAGCCUAUUUCCUGUUUUCAAACGGGGAACUUAGAAGCGGCAGCCUUGCUGGAGCCUAGAAGAGAGGGGAGAGCUGAAGGCAGCUAUGUGAUACUCCUCUCGGAUCCCUGGACCCACACAGGACCACAGGCCUCAGCCUUGGAGCAUGGCAAGUCCUGAGCACCCCGGGAGCCCUGAACGGACAGGACCCAUAGCCAAGUGCACUGUGGGGGCCACGCAGGAAGCAUCAGCCGCUGGCCAAGACUUCCCGUGUCCAGGAUCUGAAGGGCACUUAGACGCCCACAGCAGCCCCAGCCCCAACUCCAGCAUGACCACCGGGGAGCUGCAGGAGUAUUGGCGAAAGGAGAAGCGCUGCUGGAGGCGCGUCAAGCUGCUCUUCGAGGUCGCGUCCGCCCGCAUCGAGGAGAGAAAAGUCUCCAAGUUUGUGAUGUACCAAAUCGUCGUCAUCCAGACAGGGAGUUUUGACAGCAACAAAGCUGUGCUGGAACGGCGCUAUUCAGACUUUGAGAUGCUCCAGAAAAACCUCCUCAAGACGUUCCGGGAAGAGAUGGAAGACAUCGUCUUCCCCAAGAAGCACCUGAUGGGCAACUUCACGGCGGAGAUGAUCUCCGAGCGCAAGCUGGCCUUCAAGGAGUACCUGAGCCUGCUCUACGCCAUCCGCUGUGUCCGGCGCUCCCGCGAGUUCAUCGACUUCCUGACGCGGCCCGAGCUCCGGGAGGCCUUCGGCUGCCUGCGCGGGGGCCAGUACGGCCGCGCCCUGGACAUCCUGGUGCGCGUCGUGCCCCUGCAGGAGAAGCUGACGGCCCACUGCCCCGUGAUGGUGGUCCCGGCCCUCUGUGCCAUGCUGGUGUGCCACCGCGACCUUGAGCGGCCAGCCGAGGCCUUGGCGGCGGGGGAGAGGGCGCUGCAGUGCCUGCAGGCCCGGGAGGGCCACCGCUACUACGCGCCCCUGCUGGAGGCCAUGAUCCGCCUGGCCUAUGGGCUGGGCAAGGACUUCGUGUCGCUGCAGGAGAAGCUGCAGGAGUGCCAGCUCCGCAAGCCCAGCCCCUGGGGCUUCACCCUGAAGGAACUCACCGUGCGGGAAUAUCUGUACUGAGCCCCUUGGGAAGGCAGGCUGGAGAUUGGGGCUCACCAUGGCUCAGCCGGCUGUUUGGGGGUUCAUGUUUGGUGGGAGGAGCCGCUUGGGGCUCUAACUUGCUGAGUGACCUUGGCCCAGCCCCUCCCCUGGUCCUCCAUGUCCCCAUCUGUGUUGAACAGAAGUGCCCCUCCCCGGGGGGGUUGGGGGACUUGGAAGCCUCUGCUUGUGUCCUGUGUCCCUUUGAUACCAAGCUCACUUCACCGCAAAACCACAAACCCAGCUGGCAAAAUGCUGGAGAGUAAGCUCCAGCUUUCUGAUGCUUUUGUGGGUAGCUGGAGGGAAGGUUUACACUGCACGCCAUGGACAAAGUUUAACCCCCUUCCUACAGAUGGCUCUCUCCAGCUGUCCUGUCUUUCCUCUCUGUUCCUCCUUCCUUGACAUUGCCUGCAAAGAUCCCCAUCAUUAUCCUAACUAUUCCAGCUCUUCCUCUUAGCCUGUGGACCUGGCUCAGCAAAGCAGAAGCUCACCCACUGCUCCUCAAAGCCAGCUUCAUCCCUGGGAUGGGAGGUAUGUCACCCUUGAAAGGGUAGAAAGAUGCUGGGCCAGAACAGCAUCCUGUCAUAAGAGUCUGUGAAACAAGGCAUUUUGAGGAAAGGAAGUUGCCAACAAUUCUCUGGCUAGGAUGCCAUAACUCAUUGUCCAGGUGUGUUUUCAAUUAUAAGGCACUGGCCCUUGAAGGGGCUCCUUGAGUUAUGUAGACAGAGCCUCGGAGGGAGGUGGGAGAUGAUACCCAGUGGAGCCUCUGGACAGAACAGAGACUGAAUGUUUAAUGCCUCCCCAUUUGAGGGGCAAUGUUCUUGGAACCUCUCUGAUGGGUUGGGUUGCCCUUGACUGAAGUCCACUGUCAGGAAAGGACACCAGGAGCCUGGACCUAUAACCUAGGUUCAACACUGGAGCUAAUGGUACAGACUGGUUUGGGGCAAUAUGUGUUUGACUCUGGAAGUCCCUAAAGACCUAAACCAUCUGGCUGAGCUUAUGAGUGAAAUAAAGAGCCUGUAACUUGACAUCUUAGCAAUGGAGCACCAGUUUGGUCUGUACAGGGAUCCAGCUCAGCAAGGAGAUUGCUGUAGCAGUGACUGGGCAGUCACCAAACUGCAUCAGAAUGUGUUCAAUAGCGACACUGUGUGGCAGCAGCUGUGUGGCAAUCAGGCUUGACCCUGGAGGCGAGAAACAGCCUGACACUUGCGACAGAGAAAGCCUGGGAUCUCUCAAUUUGCUCAGGGAGGAGGACACUUUGGGAAAUGCUGGACCUCUGGGCAUAGAGAAAAUUAAAGUGUUCGGUGGAAAUAUAAAA